UGCACUUCAUUAGAGAGCAGAGCAUUCACAUGCCACACCACCAGAUCCCACAAUGACAUAACUCCAUUCAGAGUCUGGCGUGACUGGGCUGGGUCUCCCCCCUUCAGCUCUUGUAUCACUAAGAAUCUGGCAGCCAGUUCCGCCCUGACAGAGUUCACAGCAUAUAUUGGUGGAUUCUUGUCCAUACUGCAUCUGCUUUAAGAAUUAACGAAAGCAGAGUCAAGACUGUAAGGAUUCAAAGCAUUCGCCAAAAAUGAAUCUCGGUGCAUUUACUCUGCUAUUAGCACUAAUCAGUGGUGCCAGCGGCCAAUACUAUGAUGACUACGAUUUUCCCCUAUCAAUGUAUGGGCAAUUAUCUCCAAACUGCGCCCCAGAAUGUAACUGCCCUGCAAGCUAUCCAUCGGCCAUGUACUGUGAUGAGCUGAAAUUGAAAACUGUGCCAAUGGUGCCUCCUGGAAUCAAGUACCUUUACCUGAGGCAUAACCAGAUUGACCAUAUUGAUGAAAAGGCCUUUGAAAAUGUAACCGAUCUACAGUGGCUCAUUCUAGAUCAUAACCUUCUAGAAAAUUCUAAAUUAAAAGGAGUCUUCUCUAAACUGAAACAACUGAAGAAGCUGCAUAUCAAUUACAACAACCUGACAGAAUCUGUGGGCCCACUUCCCAAAUCUCUGGAGGACCUGCAGCUUAGUCAUAACAAGAUCACAAAGCUCGGCUCUUUCGAUGGACUGGUGAACCUGACCUUCAUCCAUCUUCAGCACAACCAGCUGAAAGACAUUUCAGCUUCUUUUAAAGGCCUUAAGUCCCUUGAGUACCUUGACUUGAGCUUCAAUCAGUUGACCAAACUGCCUUCUGGUCUCCCAACAUCUCUUCUAACUCUCUACUUAGACAACAAUAAGAUCAGCAACAUCCCUGAUGAAUAUUUCAAGCGUUUUAAGGGACUGCAGUAUCUGCGUUUAUCUCAUAAUGAAUUGGCCGAUAGUGGAAUACCUGGAAAUUCUUUUAAUAUAUCAUCUCUGCUUGAGCUGGAUCUCUCCUAUAAUAAGCUGAAAAACAUACCCACUGUCAAUGAGCACCUUGAAAACUAUUACCUGGAGGUCAAUCAACUUGAAAAGCUUGAAGUAAAGAGCUUCUGUAAGAUCCUGGGACCAUUUUCCUACUCCAAAAUCAAGCAUUUGCGCUUGGAUGGCAACCGUAAUAUCACCCAAACUAGUCUGCCACCUAAUAUGUAUGAAUGUCUACGUGUAGCAAAUGAAAUCACUAUCACUAAUAAUUAAUUUCAAUUACAUUGAGGUGUAUCCUGGAGCAACAUCUUAUGCUUGUAUUUUUGUGUGUUUUUUUCAUAGUGUCCAUUUUUGCUGUUGUUUAGUACUUCCAUGAAUUUUAAAUUCUGAGAGAAAAUGUUUUGUAAACAUUUUACUACUUUUUUACAAAGAAAAGAUGAAAAGCAGGCCUAUUUCAUCACAAGCACAACACAUGCUCACACAUAUACAACAAACAAUGCGUUAAUGGUAAAUUUAGGGCUUUUUACAUCUCCUGUCAAAUGAUGUGCAAAGCCUUUUUCUGUUUGCAUGGAAGUCAGCCGAGUUUUAUAAUCUCUAAAUGUUAACUUAAUGUGCCCAAGAGUAUGGAAUACAUAAAUAUGGAAGUUCACUGUCUUUAAUCAAACGAUCUUAAUAUGCGCAAAUUUGUCCAGCUGAAAAGCAGGUAGUAAAUUUUGAGACCGAUGAUUUUGUGAAAUACUAAACAAAAUUCAUGAAGCCACAUGCAUUUAAAGCAGAAUUGUUAGUAUUAAGAAUAUAUAUAGUUACCUAGAAAAACUUUCUAGAAUUAUUUUUCACUUUAAAAUUUUAUGUAUGUUUCUUUAUUAUUUGCAUGUUAUGUUUAACAAGCUAAUAGUAAAAUAAAACAUAGCAAAUGGCAUCACUGUGUUUGACUUCUUAUAAAAUUCAUCUCUCUCAUAUAUAAAAUACAGUCAUGUACCAUACAAUGAUAUUUCAGUGAAUGAUGGAUCACAUAUACAAUGAUGGUCUCAUAAGAUUAUAACGGAGCUGAAAGUGUUCUAUAGCCUAGUGAUGUUAUAGCCAUUAAAACAUCAUAGCAGAACAUAUUACCCCUGUGUUUGAGGUGAUGUUUGUGUAAGCAAAUCUACCACAAUGCCAGUCAUAUAGAAGUAUAGACACACAAUUAUGUAUAGUACAUACUUGGUAAUUAUAAAUAUGUUAUUGGUUUAUGUAUUUAUCAUGCUAUACUUCUUAUCAUUAUUUUAGAAUGUAUUCUUUUUUACUUAUUAAACAAAAAAUUCCCUGUAAAGGAGAAUAGUAUGUUA